AUGAAUUUCUCACGGUGGUUGCUCAUGAUAGUCGUAAUAGUAGUAGAUGCAGUCAAUGGUGGAGUAGGCCAUGAAGAUUGCAGAGAAACAAGAUGUCGCCCGGAAGGCCCAGCCAUCCGAUGCCCAUUUCGACUUAAAGGCAACGCAACCUUAUUCAGUUGUCCACCGUCAACAGUAAGAGAUGAAUAUUCUUCCAGUUCCAAUUAUAAUGAUCCUCUGGCGAGAUUGAGCCCAUGCCAUGGCAACAAUUCUGGUAACCAUUUUUACGCUGUCCUUGGUGAUUAUUAUUUCAUUGAUGAAAUGCCCCUAGUGUCUUGUAUCAAGGUGCAUGACUACACAUCAGAUCCUGCAUAUAUAUAUGAUGAGAUGGGAGAAGUAUUAUUGCAUUGGUCCAUUCCAUCAUGUGAACAUUGCAAAGGUCGUAAUCUUAGAAACCGAAAUCUGAAGAUAUUAGGUAUUUCCGCACUCUGUUUAGUUCUAAUAGCGAUGGGGACGACAAUCUGCUAUGUCUACAACUCAAACAAAAAGGAAAAAGAAAAUCAGCUUAGAAUUGAAAGAUUUUUGGAUGAAUACAGAGCGAUGAAGCCAAGUAGAUAUUCCUAUGCUGAUAUUAAGAGGAUAACAAGUCAAUUCAAGGAAAAGUUGGGUCAAGGUGCCUACGGAACAGUGUUUAAAGGAAAGCUUUCCUCCGAGUUACUUGUUGCUGUGAAAAUGCUCAACAAUUCAAAUGAAAAUGGGGAAGAUUUCAUAAACGAAGUGGGGACAAUGUGUCAAAUCCACCAUGUCAAUGUGGUUCGCUUGGUUGGAAUUUGCGCCGACGGAUUUAUUCAUGCUCUUGUUUACGAAUACUUACCAAAUGGUUCUUUGCAAAAUUUCUUAUCAUCAAGGGUCAAAGCGCAAUAUCGAUGA